GCGGAGCUGCCGCCAUGGAGGGUCUGCUCUACAGCCGCCUGUCCGGCGGCGCCGCGGGGGAGCUGAGCGCGCAGCUGCAGGGCCCCGAGGAGGCCAAGGCCUUCGUGAGCGCCUUCCUGAAGCGCAGCAUGCCCAAGAUGAAGGACGAAGCGAUCCAGGACAUGCUGACUCGCAAAGCUGUCGUCCUCGAGCAUUACUCUAAGAAAAAGAAGAAAGGGAAGAGGAAAAAAAGAAAAGGUUUUACUGCCAAGGAAAGGCGAGAGCUGCGGCUUUUUGAAAUUGAGCCUGAACAGCGAAGAUAUGCACUCUUUCUACCAUUGCAUGAACUCUGGAAACAGUAUAUCAGAGACCUGUGUUACGGACUUAAACCAGAUGCGCAACCCCAGAUGAUUCAGGGCAAACUGCUCAAAGCUGAUCUCCACGGUGCUAUUGUUACAGUAACAAAAUCGAAGUGCCCCUCUUAUGUUGGGAUAACAGGAAUCAUCCUACAAGAAAUGAAACACGUCUUCAAAAUUAUCACUAAAGAAGACAAAUUAAAAGUUGUUCCCAAACUCAACAAUGUGUUUAGCUUGGAGAUUGAUGGAUUUAUUUCCUACAUCUAUGGAAGCAAGUUCCAGUUUAGAGCAAGUGAACGAUCUGCAAAAAAGUUCAAGUUGAAAGGAACUAUUGACCUAUGAUUUCAUGGAAAUGCAAAAGUAUUACUAAUAAGGCUGUUGCUUUCAUGCAGUUUAAAGACCAUUUUUGGCAUAUUGAAAAUGAAGUGACUGAUAAUGUAUCUUUCUAAAGCAUUUCUUCAUACUGAAGAAUCACUAGAAUGUGUUUUGUCUUAAACUGCAACAGUCUGAGACUGCUUUGCAGUUGCAUCUGUUUUGUUACAUGUAAAUAAUAUUCUGACUUAUUAAACUUUUCUGAUUAGUAUGGAUUACUUCUGUCUCAAGUGUAAUUUGCACAAUGAAAAAUAAUUACAUCCUACAACUUCAUUAUUGUUGCCUUAUGUAUAAGUUAGGCUGCAUCUUAUGCUUGUAAGGAGACUGACAACUGCUCUUCUAAGUUCACUAUUCCCAGCUUUGCAUUAACACCAACAUUUUUGUGCAGCACAAGCAU